GUGCGCGAGUUGGCAAGUGUUUGGUUAAUUUUACAUGGUUACAACACUUUGGAUUUUAUACAUUUUAUUAUAAUGGAAACUCUCUAUCAUCAAACGACUCAGUUAAUACAAGAAGCAUCGGACUUAUUUCAACAGUUAGAGAAGGAUGUAAACAAUGCAGAGUCAAUCGAAAAUGCAAUUCAAUUAAAAAUUAACGCCAUUAACGCGCACUGCGAGAAAUUAGAUGUGUUUGUAUUCAAAACUCCUGUAAACAGCAGACCAAUGGCAAAGAUGCGAGUGGACCAAUUGAAAUAUGACAACAGACAUAUUCAGGCGUCGCUGAACAACGCUCAGAACAAGCGGCGGCGGCGCGAGCAGGAGCUGGCGGAGCGGGAGCAGUUGCUGAGCCGGCGCUUCGGCCCCGGCCAUGACCACACCAUCACCGUCGACUACCUUGCGCAGGAGCAGAACUCGCUGCAUAACUCGCACCGGAAUGUUGACGAAAUGUUACACACUGGUUCGAAUAUAUUGCAGACGUUACGGUACAACAGGGAUACUCUGAAAGGAGCCCACAAGAGGCUGAUAGACUUGGCCAACACUCUAGGACUUUCCAAUGCCACAAUUUCACUCAUCGAAAGGAGGGUGUCGCAAGAUAAGUAUAUAUUGUUUGGGGGAAUGUUCGUCACCCUCGUUGUAAUCGUUCUUGUAAUUAUAUACUUGGCGUAAAUGGAA